UUACCUGCACCUUAUCCAGCUUGUGGAGGAGAGGAAAGUACAGCCAGCACAGUGAAAACAUUGUUCAAUCCGGCUCCUGCCGUUGCUGACCUGGACCCUCAGUUCUAUACCCUCUCGAGUGUGUUCUGCUGCAAUGAAAGUGAGGCUGAGAUUUUAACUGGCCUCAUGGUGGGUAGCCCAGCUGAGGCUGGGAAGGCUGCGUUGGUGCUCCUAGAACGAGGCUGUCAGGUAGUGGUCAUCACCUUGGGGGCUGCAGGAUGUGUGACACUGUCACAGGUGGAAUCUGUCCCAAAGCACAUUCCUACAGAGGCGGUCAAGGCUGUGGAUACCACGGUAGGUCUUAAACUUUAAGAAUCAUUUUUAGCA